AUGGUAGAACCACCUCUCCGCCGAAAACGUGCGUUAUCGUUCGCUGGAUACUCCGAGCUCCCCAAGCUUUCUGGCAAUGUUCAUUUUGGACAGUUACCUACCGCCUUCCGAAUUCGUCAUCCAUCUUUCGUCUAUCCUGAUGGUGAUCCAGCUCUUGAUCAAGUCUUGGGGGGUUUUUCACAAAAGUUAAACAAUAAACAAAAUGGGGUUUUAACGUCUGAAGGCUCAUCAGAUAUCAAAGAUUUUGGAAUAAAUGGUCGUGAUUUACAUUCAAGAAACUCCUCAGUCGCUACAGUCGUAGACCAUCCACUACAUAGUUGUAUUUCGACUCCCGAAAUUUACCCUAAAGUACCAAGUUCCUGUUCUGAUUCAGUAACCAAACUGGCUCAACCACUUAGUUUAUCAUCCUCUAACUAUUCAGAUUAUAUUCUUCCUGAUAGUCCAUUGUCUUCGAAUCUUGUUAAACUCUACCUUGCCAAGGUUGCCACAUCAAAGCCUACUGAAUAUAAAUGCCCAAAUAAUUCCUCUCGAUCGAGAUCCCCACAGACUUCUGUACAGGAUGAUCCUCAUCGCUUACCAGAAUGUUUACAAAUCCACCUACCCACUCUGGCUUCUAUGAUUAUACCAGUAAAGCAGAUAAUUCGAGCGCAUACUAACCAGAAUAAAUCUGAGAUGAAGAAAUCGGACAAACUUGGAAAUUCAAUGAAUGUUUAUUUGAAUGGUCGAAAUGCCGUAACGGAUGCAAGCUAUUCUAGCGAAUACAGUGAUGGUGAACCAUGGGGACUCCCGCCUCUCUGUGAUCAUACUAACACUGGAUAUCUUUCAGAUAAUCACCUUAUAGAAGCUGUUUCUGAAGCAAAAAUGCUCAACAUGAGUAAACAACAAUUAGAAAUGCGCUUAAAUAUACGACCUGGUUCUAAGAGUAUCUCCUCUAGUCGCACACAAACAAAUUCAAGGGAGAAUUUGAAUCGUAAUUACUUAACACCGAAAUUUGAAUUCACUCACGUUUAUGAUGGCCUAAAAACAUCACCAAAUGCAUUUCCAAGUUCAAACAAAUCGUUUCCUAAGUUUCUGCAUAAUUCCCAUUCAAAUUUAAACCUCACGGACGAUGAUGUCAAUGGUGUAAAGUCAUCUGUUUGUUAUUCAGUUCCUGGUUCACCUAAUAUUAAUUCAAAAUAUUCUCAUUUAAUAAGACAGAGUAAUUCAAAUGAAUUCAACGAUGAUCUUCAUCAUAUUAAUAAUCCAACCGCCAUCAAUAAUAAUAAUGAUAAUAAUAAUAUUAAUAAUAAUAAUAGAAAUAAUCGAACAAGGCGAUUUGAACGUUUACGUGAUUUUUUGGGCACUUUUAAGAAUGAUAAUUUCUCUAAUACAGAUGAAGAUGAUCAUUACUUUUACAUGGAUCCAAAAUCUGUAGAACGUAGAAUGAAAUGUCAAGCUUCAAAUAUAAUUUUACCAGUAUCUUUCUAAUUCACUUCUUUAAUGUUGACAAAUUUCCUCUCAUUGUUAUUUCUUAUUUUCACUAAAUCAUCUGUCGCUAUUACAAUUCCUUUUCUAAUUGUAUUCGUAAUGUAUUUACCUUCGCGUCAUUUUAGAGUUAUUCAGUGUAUUAUUCUUUAGUUUGUAGAUAGAUAGCAAUCACAAACUUCAGUUUCUUGUACUUAUUUGUUACCUCCCUUUAUAUUCUAUGUAUC